AUGAAAUCGGCCCUGACGCUCACGGCACUCUCUGGCUUCGUCGCAGCCACAUCCGCUCUUCCAGCCGAUCAGAACAGUCGCACGUGGGAGCGCUUGCGCAACAAUAUCAAGCAUGUCGUCUAUCUCACGCUCGAGAAUCAUUCCUUUGACAAUAUUGCUGGCUUCUGGGAUUUCAAUCCCAAGAUCGACAACCUGCGGAAAAUCGAUUAUUGCAAUCAAUACACCAAUCCCAACUGGACAGUAUGGGGAGAACCCUUAGAGAUCUGUGCUAGUCCAUUUGAGACCGAAGUCCCCCUUGUCGAUCCCGAUCACAACUUCGCCGGAGUGACCUAUGAAAUCUUCCGCAAGUGGAAUGUCACCAAGGACGAUGUUCCCAACAUGGCCGGCUUUGUCGAGCGUCAAUCCGAGAAAUACAAGUCGACUCCGGGGGAUGCUGCCUUUGUGAUCAAGGCGUAUGAUCAAAAGAAGACGGCCGUUCUGGCCCAACUGGCACAGAACUUUGCAUUCUUUGAUGCAUACUUCGCCGAGCACCCGGGCCCAACGAACCCAAACCGACAGUUUGCAACUUCAGGUUCAAGCUGUGGCUUUGUUGAUAACACCGAUCAGUCUGCUGGAUUUUGGAACAAUGUCACAGGCACCACUUGCGCCACUUCGAUUUUCGAGUCGCUUAGCAAGAAGAAUGUCACUUGGAAGAACUACUACGAGACCGACAUUGUUGAUGCUUUCAUGUACAAGUGGGUACAAGACAACGCAAUGGAUCACCUGGCCCAUGCAGAUGAAUUCUACCGCGACUUGGAGCAGGGAACGCUCCCGACAUUCUCGUACAUCAACCCUGAAUGUUGCACGAUUGACUCGAUGCACCCAACCAGUCCCAUGGCUUCUGGCGAGCAGAUGGUGAAGCACUUGUACGAUGCGAUUCGCCGGUCCCAGUAUUGGGAUAAUAUCCUCCUUAUCAUCAACUUUGACGAGCACGGUGGCUUUGCCGACCACGUCCCUACUCCGAUUAAUGUGCCGCAGCCAGAUGACAAGAUGACCUUUACCGGCAAGUCCGAGGGUCACAAAGUCAGCUACGACUUUACUCGUCUAGGAGUUCGCGUCCCUGCUUUCCUCAUUUCCCCAUACAUCCCCGCCAACACUCUAAUUCAUCAUGACGGUACCUCGUACGCCGACAAUAGCGCCUACACCCACAGCUCAAUCCUCCAUUUCUUGCAGGAACUGUGGGGCCUCGAAGGUCUCAACAAUCGUGUUCAGUGGGCAAAGACAUUUGAGCACGUGUUCAACAACCACAAGCGAGAUGACGCGCCCAAGACCUUGCUGACUCCCACGUGGGAGGGAGGUAGUGGACAGCCCGAGCCCAAGAAGUUUUACAAGUUGAAUCAGGACUACAGCUACUAUGCAGCUCGGGAGUCAUAG